AUGCAUAAAAUCCCCCAAGUUUUUCAAUUACCUAAUCGAGACGUUGAUUCCAUUUUGAAAUGUGGGUUGCCAAUCACUAUUAAUAAUUUACCUUCGGAUUCGAAAUAUAAAAGAAAACAACUAAAAAAACAAAUGCUCAUGGUAAUUUUCUUAAUAUCAUUUGGGUUAUUUCAAAAAGACUCCAACGAAAACGUAGUUCCAAAAAGAACAAAUUCGAACAAAUUAAUAAUGGGAAAUAGGUUAAGAAUUAAAACUCCUGAUGGAAAAGCUUACGAAGUUGAUAGAUGGUGUCCACAUGCAAAUACAGAUUUAUCUUCAAGGGGAGUCGUUUUAGGUUCAAAGCUUGUGUGCACAAAGCACAACUGGACCUUUGCUUUAGAUCAAGGGGGAAAAUGCACUUCCGCUGACGCAACAAUUAAUGCUUGUUUAAUUAACGAUUGGUGA